GCUGGCGCUGAAACUCCAGAGAGAGGUGACAGGUAGGAAGACCGUUGUGUAGCUACGAGACCAGACAGACUCACAUAAGACAAGAAUGUCAAACUCAUGAAAGAAAAUGGUUCAUAGAAAAGUCGACAGUUGGUGAGAGAGACCGUUAUAAAAGUUUUGAUGGGAAGUUGCCAGAGAAAUGCAUAUUCGUUUGAGAAUACACUUUACAACUUCGAUGUGGAUAAUUUCAUAUUUAAGGUCACAAUGAGUGGACAGCAAACUUUUUUAAACUUAAAAUUGUCAUAACAAAAAUGAAUGUAUAGCCCAUAUAAAAUACGUGGGGCAGUGUCAGAAUGAUUUGUCAACGGAAGGCGCUUGUCAUUGGAGGAUGAUCACUAAAUGAGAUCAGAAUUACAUGACAGAAGGAAGUUGUGGAUGUGUUCAACGGGUCGAGACAUAAUACUCCCUUGAUCACAGACACUUUCCAUCCCUCUUCAAAUGAAAUAGCCUACAAUCUCAGUUCAUCAUGCAUAGAAGGAGGAUGCUUCGGGCACUCCCUGUUUUUAUAUUCAUGUUCUUCAUCGUUUUAAUCGUGGACUUUCAACUAAGGACGCGGAAUCUCCACAAACUCAAUUCUAUUCACAAUCCGUUCGGGGGAGACUUACUGCGCUCGAUUCAAGAGACGCCUCUCUCCGCAGCAAAGGAGCCACCAAAGCCGGCCAAGUUUCCUCGACAACCCGCCGCUGUCUCUACUAUGAACCAGACUGUUGGUGGCUUACAAGCGGAGAUACAGAGAAGGAGAGACAAGUUGAGGGCUUUGGAACAGAGAAGGGUUGUCAUCACUCCAUCCCUGUUGAGGUUAACGGACAUCUUCCUCGCGGUGAAGAGCACCGGGAGGUUCCAUGGCACGCGCCUCUCUCUCCUCCUCGAGACGUGGAUCUCCAAGACCAAGGAGCACACGUUCAUCUUUACAGACACGGAGGAUGAAGACAUCAACUCCAGAGGUUACAAUGUGAUUGUGACAGAUUGUCCGUCGGACCACAGUCACCAGGCUCUGUCCUGUAAGAUGUCUGCUGAAUAUGACCACUUCAUGGCCUCCGAUAAGAAGUGGCUGUGUCAUGUUGACGAUGAUAACUACGUGAAUCCUGGAGCUCUUCUCUCCCUGCUCUCAGCCUUCCCCCAAGACGGUGAUGUCUACGUGGGCAAGCCCAGCCUCGACCACCCCAUCAAGGCCCAUGAACUACUGGAGGGCAACAAGACAAAAGAAGUGCAGUUCUGGUUUGCCACGGGAGGAGCAGGCUUCUGUCUGAGUCGCAGACUAGCUGAGAAGAUGGCUCCAUGGGCUAGUGGUCCCAGGUUUGAGCAGACGUCAGCAGUGAUCCGUCUGCCAGAUGACUGUACAGUAGGCUUCAUCGUAGAGAGAAGACUGGGGAUAUCCAUGGUCCACAGUUCAAUGUUCCACUCUCACCUGGAGAACCUGCUACUGCUGACGCCCAGCAAUAUACCUCUACAGGUGACUCUUAGUUAUGGGCUGUUUGAGAACAAGAUGAACAGUGUGGAGCUGAAUAGACACUUCUCCAAGGAGGAUGAUCCCUCCAGGUUUAAGACGGUCCACUGUCUACUCUAUCCACUGAUCAGCUGGUGCCCUUGAAAACUCCAACUCCCAGCAGCGAUUGGCCCACUGUAGGGAUAAAAUGGACCCAGGCUGUGAUAGUUGGAGUGCAGCACUCACUGUUGUGUUUGUGUUGCUCUCAGCGCUGCAGUUUCAUCUUCUGUCUCAUAAAACCGCUAUACAGGAUUCUGAAAGGUUGCCAGGGAGAGAAUAGAGUUGCCCUGGGUCUCAACGAAUGCCAAUGUUCCAUUUGAGACCUCUCUAGACCUUUCUACAUCCCCCGGCUGAGCGGAGUGUGUCUGGAGAGAACGACUGAACAAAGAUAUUUUCAUCUCUUAGUAUUUGUGUAUCCACUGACCCUAACCAACCAACAAUUCCAAGCCUAAACUAUUGUUUAAAGAAGAAUGGGGAACAAGACAGAAUGGGGAACAAGACAGAAUGGGGAACAAGACAGAAUGGCAAACAAGACAGAAUGGGACAUUUUUUGCACACUUUUGUUUAUAUCCCUGUUUGUGAGCAUUUGCCAAGAUAAUCCAUCCACCUGACAGAUGUGGCAAAUCAAGAAGCUGAUUCAACAACAUGAUCAUUACACGGGUGCACCUCGUGCUGGGGACAAUAAAAGGCCACUUUAAAAUGUGCGGUUUUGUUACACAGCACAAUUCCAUAGAUGUCUCAAGUUGAGGGAGCGUGUAAUUGGCAUGCUGACUGCAGGAAUGUCCACCAGAGCUGUUGCCAGAUAAUUAUAUGUUAAUUCUUUAUUUACAAUAAGCCGCCUCCAAAAUCGUUUUAGAGAAUUUGGCAGUACUUUCAUCAGUACUUUCAUUUCAUGUAACCUCGCCAGCCCAGGACCUACACAUCCGGCUUCUUCACCAGCGGGGUCGUCUGAGACCAGCCACCCGGACACAAAACCGAAGAACUUCUGCACAAACGGUCAGAAACCGUCUCAGGGACGCUCAUCCGUAUGCUCGUCAUCCUCACCAGGGUCUUGACCUGACUGCAGUUCAGCAUCGUAACCGACUUCAAUGGACAAAUGCUCACCUUCAAUGUCCACUGGCACACUGGAGAGGUGUGCUCUUCAUGGAUGAAUCCUGGUUUUAACUGUACCAGGCAGAUGGCAGACAGCUUGUAUGGUGUAUUGUGGGUAAGUGGUUUUCUGAUGUCAACGUUGUCAACAGAGUGCCCCAUGGUGGCGGUAGGGUUAUAGUAUGGGCAGGCAUACUCUACGGACAACUAACACAAUUGCAUUUUAUUGAUGGCAAUUUGAAUGCACAAAGAUACAUUGUUGUGCCAUUUAUCUGCCGUCAUCACCUCAUGUUUCAGCAUGAUAAUACACGGCCCCAUGUCACAAGGAUCUGUACACAAUUACUAGAAGCUGAAAAUGUCCCAGUUCUUCCAUGGCCUGCAUAGUCACCAGACAUGUCACCCAUUCAGCAUGUUUGGGAUGCUCUGGAUCGACGCGUACGACAGCGUGUUCUAGUUCCCGCCAAAAUCCAGAAACUUCACACAGCCAUUGAAGAGGAGUGGGACAACAUUCCACAGGCCACAAUCAACAGCCUGAUCAACUCUGUGCAGAGGAGAUGUGUCGCGCUGCAUGAGGCAAAUGGUGGUCACACCAGAUACUGAUCCACGCCCUACCUUUUUUUAAGGUAUCUGUGACCAAAGGGUGCAUAUCUGUGUUCCCAGUCAUGUGACAUCCAUUAAUCAGGACCUAAUGAAUUUAUUUCAACUGACAGAUUUCCUUUUCCUUAUAUGAACUAUAACAUUAAAAUCUUUGAAAUUGUU